CAAGCCAGAGGCAUCUCCUGGUUAAUGAGAGAUCUGAAAAAGUGAGAACUCUGCAAUAAUGGUACUCUCUGGCCCCAACAAACAGGUUAUAGAGGAACUGGGCAACCACAUCAAGGCAAAUGCUGAAGCUUGGGGUGCGGAAGCUUUAGCCAGGUUGUUUGAGAUCCACCCUCAAGCUAAGACAUACUUCCCAAAUUUCAAUGGCUACAAAGCCUCUGACCAGCCUGUCAGAAGACAUGGUCGCAUUGUCAUGGAAGCUGUGGCGGAUGCAGCCCACAACGUGGACAACCUGAGUAAACAUCUGGAAAAACUUGCCAAGAGACAUGGUGAAGAACUUCUUGUGGAUCCUCACAACUUUCAGCUGUUGGCUGAUUGUAUCACGGUCACUCUGGCCAUUCACUUGCCUGCAUUCUCCCCAGCAACCCACUGUGCUGUCGACAAAUUCCUUGAGUUGCUCGCGCAUGAAUUGAGCUCCAAGUACCGCUAAAGACACAAUCAACAAAUUAUGGUGAAUGACCACAAGAUCAUCAUUUAAUUCCACAGUUUGUCUUUGAUUAAUUGUCAUAAUUGAAAAAUUGAGUUAAAUAAACUUUCACUUCAAUCAA